AUGGGCAAGAACCGCUUCGUUGUCAAUCCCUUCGGGCACCUCGCUCUGUCCGAAGUCGACCGGUCCCAGCUUAAGGAAUUCGCCUACAACUUCUUCGAUCAGUGCGUGCUCAAGUACGAAGUUUUCAUCAGCGAUGGUGGUCCCAAGGUCGACCCGAAAGACUGGAAGCAUAUCAAGACGAGAGAGGAUACGCGUGUCUACCUCGAGCGCGAUCCACCGAUUCGAACGUCACUCUCCGGUGUGGUAUCGGAUCACCCAGCGCUGCUGAUGACGGGGAUAACCUGGGGCACCGUCGACGACUGCAUGUUCGGCGCAUACAGCCCAACUCUCGAGACCAUGCGAGUCAAGGCCUCGUACGUCGAAGACAUGAGCGGUGGCGCCGUCCUGGCUGUGCUGGAAGAACCAACGCCAGAAGACCCAUUCCGAUCCAUGACGAUCAAGUGGAUCGAGCUUGACCUCCCCUUCAACUCGACCACUCUCGUCAAGAAUCGCGACUACGUGUACAUCGAGUACAUGAAAACCGUCAAGCUGUCGAAUGGUGAACACAUUGGCUGCCAGAUCUACCAUUCGAUCAACUUCCCACAGACAAAGGAACUUCCGAACCGUGUGCGCGCGAACAUGACGGUGUGUGGCAUCUUUCGCCAGCUCGGGCCCGACACCGUCGAGGUCUACGGCUCAGGAAUUGUUGACCCUGCGGGUGACAUGAUCAAGGCACUCGUUGUACCCAGCAUGGCCGCCGGCUACCUGACCGUGCUGAAGUACGCCCACUGCAGCAAGAUGAAGAAGAUAUCCUGGCUCCUGGGGAAGCGCUACGAAUUGGCCAAGGAGUUGGGAGCCCCAGGUAGAGCCCACAUUUGUGUCACGUGCUGCACACCAAUCUCGAAACUUCGGCGCGGAGACUACGGCAGAAGCGAGGGCAGCACGUGCAAGCUCUGUUCUGGUUAUCUGUGCCGCUCAUGUCGUAUCCAGCGAAAGUUGACAUUCACCAGCCCCGACCUUCAGAUGGAGCAGCGCAAGGUGUCGUUCUGCGGUCUCUGUCUGCAGCAAGCCAGAACCAUGAGUCCCUUGGAGGUGAUCAAGGAUCUCAUGAAUUCCCCAGACAAGGAUAAACACCUGACAGCGACCUCUUCCACGGCCAUCGACUCAUCUUACUCAACGUCGUCCGAGUACUGCCACUCGGAAUACAGUGGCUAGUCGAUCGAUUCCGUAUACCUGCAGGAGUUUCGUGAUGAGUUGAGUUCAAUAAGUAAAGAUGGCGAAUAAAGUGUAACCUUG